UCAGUGCGGGCAGCGGGCGCAGCGGCCACUGCGACUCCCGGGGAUGUGACAGCCGCAGGGAAGGGCCGAGGCGGGGGUUCAACGCCGCCCACGUGCGAGGACCCCGGCAGGGGCUCAGCGCCUUGGCCGCCCGGGCGGCCGCCGAGUCCCCGCGCGAGCGGAGAGUGUCAGGAGCCGGCGCAGGAGAACCAAAGUUCCCGGUGCGUCUCCGAGGCCGCCGUCCGGCUAGCGCGCGUGGCUGCCCCACUCCACGCGAAGGCGAUGGCUUCCAAACUCCUGCGCGCGGUCAUCCUCGGGCCGCCCGGCUCCGGCAAGGGCACCGUGUGCCAGAGGAUCGCCCAGAACUUCGGCCUCCAGCAUCUCUCCAGCGGCCACUUCUUGCGCGAGAACAUCAAAGCCAACACCGAAGUUGGUGAUGUGGCAAAGCAGUACAUAGAGAAAGGCCGCUUGGUUCCAGACCACGUGAUCACACGCAUGAUGCUGUCGGAGCUGGAGAACCGACAGGAUCAGCACUGGCUGCUAGACGGUUUUCCCAUGACAUUAGUUCAGGCUGAAGCCCUAGACAAAAUCUGUGACCUGGACCUCGUGAUCACUCUGAACAUUCCAUUUGAAACACUCAGAGAUCGUCUCAGCCGACGUUGGAUUCACCCUCCUAGCGGGAGGGUGUAUAACCUGGACUUCAAUCCACCUCUUGUGCAUGGGGUUGAUGAUGUCACCGGGGAACGGCUGGUCCAGCAGGAGGAUGAUAAGCCGGAAGCAGUCAACGUCAGGCUAAGACAGUACAAAGAAGUGGCCAAGCCGGUGGUUAAACGAUACAAUUUAAAUGAUGAACUGAUACGAAAACUGAUGAGUGAAAGGAGGCAACGAAGAGGCUGUUCUGCCCUUCGGGAAGAAGGGUCGCCCGCACAUGUUGAAGAUGACUCUGCACACGCCCGUCAAGCCCUUCGCAAGGAAACGAGGACAGGCUGGAUUUCAGAUGCUGUAUGACCCAAGCUCUAGCUGAUUUUUGACCUUCCUGUUGCCGUAGUGGCAGCCUUUUUACAUGGGGUGGUGGUGGUCUCUUGGUUCUCCCCACCCCCUAAUGGCUGUUGGACCAUAGCACCAGUGGCCUGAGGAUGCCCAGGGCUGUAGGCCAGGCUUUGUCCACGUUCUCGGGUAUAUCCUCCCCUGGAGACAAGGAGGUUGAAGCCAGCUGCUCGCAGUGGUCGCUUCUCUGACUUUGAGUGACUGUACCCACAACUUAUUUUUUUUUUUUUUUUUUGUUAGGAGAGGCAUCUCCCUUGCAUCCAUGCUCCAUAGAAGCUCUGCGCUUCAGACAUCCUGGAAUGAGAGGAUUUGGCUUCUGCUAUUUUUAUUAGAUGGUGUUUUUGUUGUUGUUUAAACAUCUGUUGCCUCCCCUCCCUUUCUCCCUACAGAUACUUACUGCUUUUAGCCCGCUGAGAUUCCUUUGUAGGAGCGGAGAGCUAGGGGAUGAUGUCAGAUCACUUGAUGCACCAGAACUGAGCUCUUUGAGGGUCUACUUCACACUGCUGAUCUGACUCUCAUGGGUGGGUACUGUUCCUUUCUUUGUGGAAAAAAAAAAUCGUCAUUGUAAAUCCUCAAAGUAAGAAAUAUUCACCUACAUAAAUGUUAAAAGAUCAUAUCUCAUGUACUAGAUGUAAUUAAGACCAUAGGGAGUUACUGGACUAAAAGAGUUGUUUACUUUUGAUUCAAGAUAAAAAAAAUGUAUUUUGAAAAUGCUGCUAAAUGUUGAUGCCGACAGUGUUUUUCUCCUGUGAGUGAAGUGUUGGCGAAGGGACUGGAGCCUGUGGGGUUGCGGAGACAUGUUGCACUAGCUGUGCCUAGACUAAGGAUGACAGCUUUACCAUGACGAGAAAACAAAAUCUUAAUUUUUUUUUCUAUUCCAAAGAUUCUAUAGGGUGGCCAUAAAGUCUAAAAAGACAGAUAACACUAUUUUGUCAUUCACUGUAAUGUAAUAUCAAUAAAUCAUUUGUUAACGCUUUGCUUGGUUUUCAGA